AUAACAGACUUAUAGCAAGUGUGCAAUCUCUACAGGUUUUAGUCCAAAGGCCAAAAAACCCCCUUAAAAUUGCUUUAGUUUUGUUAAGAUGGGAAUUGAGAUAGGGAGCGUCAGGAGGAUUACUGGAGGCUGGGGCAUGGCUAUAAAGAUAUGUGACAUAUGUAGAUCAACAUCGGCGGCUAUUUUUUGCCGUGUCGAUUCGGCUUUUAUGUGUCUGAAUUGUGAUUCCAGGAUCCAUUCCGGUACCAACAAUCUCGGUUCUGUUCGUCAUGAGCGGGUGUGGAUGUGCGAGGUGUGUGAGCAGGCGCCUGCUGCUGUUACUUGCAAGGCCGAUGCUGCUGCCCUUUGUGUCACUUGUGAUGCCGAUAUCCACUCUGCUAAUCCCCUGGCUCGUCGUCAUGAGCGUGUCCCUGUCGAGCCUUUCUUCGAUUCUGCGGAUUCUAUCGUCAAAUCUUCUCCAUUCAGCUUUCUCGUCCCGACCACCACGGAUCAUGAUGGGACCGAUUGCUGCAGACAAGAGGAUGUAGAAGAGGGAGGUUCUUGGUUGUUGCCUAAUCCGAAACUUGCCAUGGAGACUAACGAAGUUAAAGCUGCUGGUGGUGAUUUGUUCUUCUCCGACAUGGAUCCAUUCAUCGAUUUCGAGUACCAGAACAUGUUUCAAGUUCAACACGAUCAUCACAGCGCAGCUGCGGAUAGUUUAGUUCCAGUUCAGACCAAACCAGUCAUCAACAAUGAAAAUUGUUUCGAAAUCGAAUUCUGUCGAUCCAAGCCGCCUACUUUCGGCUUCCAAACUCGGUCUCUCAGCCAUAGCGUUUCUUCAUCUUCGCUCGAUGUAGGAGUAGUUCCAGACGGGAAUUCAAUGUCCGACAUGUCGUAUUCUUUCGGACGAACCAUGACCGAUUCAAGCGGACCGAUGUCGGCCACCACGACAUGUGGCCUAGCAGGCGGGAUGGAUCGUGAGGCUAGAGUUUUAAGGUACAGAGAGAAGAGAAAGAACAGGAAAUUCGAGAAAACAAUCCGAUACGCCUCACGAAAGGCGUACGCUGAGUCGAGGCCGAGAAUCAAAGGCCGUUUUGCCAAAAGGACUCAAACCGACAACGACAUCGGCAUCAUCUUUAACUCAGCAUCUGCUGCCGGAUUCAUGUCUGAGACCAAGUUUGGUAUCGUCCCAUCCUUUUGAAGGUUGAAGAAGAAGACAUGGUCCUGUAAUAUUCAACUGUUAUUUUUAUCCAGCAACUAGAAUAACCGUAUAAGUCCAUUGAAGUUAAGCAAAUCAAAAUUCUGUGUUUAAAUUCUGUUUUUAUGUAAAAAGAAGAAGUAAUGUA